AACGGAGUAGUAGGAAGAAGGUGGUGCCGGCUAGCCGACAAUUACGGGAGGUUACGUGGGUCCCUCCACCAUUAUAUACCCCAUCACAACACUCUUGAGUUUCUUCACUCCCUCUUUCUUUCUGUUUUUCUCUUCUCUGUUUUUGUUGCUUCCAUCCAUGGCUUCUUCAUCUUCUUCAGCCUCUCGUGAAGGACACUACAGAGGAGUAAGGAAGCGACCAUGGGGACGCUAUGCAGCUGAGAUUCGCGACCCGUGGAAGAAGACACGUGUCUGGCUUGGCACAUUCGACACUCCAGAAGAAGCUGCCCUAGCCUACGACGGCGCCGCUCGUUCCCUGCGUGGAGCCAAGGCCAAAACCAACUUCCCUCCAGCUCCGCUCGCUGCUGGUCUCUGCCUCGACCUCAACGCCCCCUCCUCUGAUCUCCACCACCACCGCUGGCCCUCCGUCCCCUCCCGUGGCCUUGCCCUCAGUGAGUUCCUCCACACCGGCGUCCUCAAAGACAUCAACCCGCCUCAGCCUCCGCCAGUCACCGUCGCUGUCAGCGCCCCUUACGUCACCGUCGCUCAAGUUGCAGAACCUUCCCCUACGGCGUCGUUUCUUGGACUCAUCCGGCGUGGAAUCCCCAUCGACUUGAACGAGCCUCCACCACUGUGGCUUUGAACCGUGAAAAUAAUGAGUUAGCGUAACUGAGAUCUAUGUAUCGUAGGCUUUGAACGGCGUCGUUUUGCAGUUUUCUAAUUAAAUUGUGUUAUUUUCCCUCUUGAAUCUUCAUGGUCAUGUUUCAUUAGAGAUGAACACGUUUGUUAUAAUCAAUCAUAGAGGGAGCUUCUAGUUCUAUCUGUCUAUGUGAGACUAUCUAACAUCAUUGUAAAUAUAAUUAUUUAUUUUCUA